UGAUUGUUCUUGUUAUUAUAUUAAUUGAUUUCAAACAGUAAAAACAUGGUUUGUUAUAAAUCUAAUUAGUAAGCUCCGCCAAGUGAUCUUAAAUGUCAAAUCGAAUACAGAAAUUGUUGUUUUCGGAAUACAGUGACUUCGAGGACAUCGUUUUGGUGGAAAGUCCUUUUGCUGAAACAAACAGACAUGGCACAGGCAUCCGCCAAGUUCAGAUAGGACUGACUCCUACGAAACUGAUUCUGGCCUCAUACUUCGUGGAGACGCUGGAAGGGGAGGAGAAGCCUAGGUUGGGAAGAGACCCUGACAUCGAAAGCUUCGAGUUGGUGUCAGCAUACCCUGUGGAGUGCGUGAACCUCUCGGUGUUCCGGCACAGGCGGCGACAGACCCUCAAGGCUCGGUUCUGUAACGGCAAGGUGUUGUACUUCGAGAUAGGAGGCUGGCAAGAACGGAAGAUGUUGUGGUCAGUAUGGUGUGAAAGGAUAAAGUUCUUGGCCCCGUACGAGACUGGAACCUCAGUUUCUGAGACUUCUGUAGCCAGUAGCUCGAGUAGUGGCUCACUCUACAUCGUCCGUAGCUCACUCUCUGUCUCCCAGACCGGACAGCCCACGCUCUGGUGUCACUACGCUUCCUCUCAGGCGACAAAUACUACUCUGGGGUCCUGGGCUGACCCUCACUUGUAUCUGGGACCUGCGUUCUUCGAGAAAGGUAUUAACUUCAUGACAUUGCCAGAGAUUGGAAAAAUAAACAAAAAACGUUUCAGGAAGCGGACAGACAAAAACAAAAGAAGACCUCUCUUCCAGCAGCCUUUGGCUCUGUCGCCAGAACUCGAGGCUGUGGCUCGGGAAGCUAUAGAACUGUGGGAGUCUCAGAGAAGACUUGUACCGAAGGUGCGCAGACGGUACGGUUUCUCUCCGUUCCCAAUGCUACUGGAGGGACUGGGACUGUGUAACUUAUCGAAACCACAGGCAUUCUCAUUACAGAAGAAGAAGUCGGUGUCCCUGGUUCACCUGACGACGCCCAUAGAUACCGACAUCCGUCCGGUGCCUCCUCGCCCUGUGCUGGCCAGGACUGAUUCUCUGGAAUCGCUGGCCGUACCCGCCCUCUGUCCUGACAAACUGUUCCAGCUGUCAGAGGACCGGCCAGUUCCAAACUUACUAGAAUUUUGGGAGCCAGGAGGAGAAUGUAUGAUAAAACGUUACCAAAAACAGUACAAGGUUCACACACGCCAUUUUACCCUUUCAAGAAAAGAACACAAUGAUGACUUGGAGUCAGAAAGAGAUUCAACUGCAAAUCUUUCCUCUGAAACCAAAGAGGGCGUCACAACUACCAACACUUCCAACAGAACAGAAGACACUGCUGCAGACAAUAAAAACGGUAGCGGAGACUCCUGCGGUAGCCAGUGUCACCUUCAGUUGUCAGUAAACAGACAGAUGAAGGAAGACAAGUCACGGUUCUCGUCCUCCGGACUGGCUCAUCAGUUGACUAUGAUAGACAAGCAGUUACUUUUACAGCUGACUACGCUGGAGCUCGGCCGGUUGCAAAAGGAUGCAUCUACGCGACGCACCCCUCGCUUGAGGUCUAUGAUGUCCUUCUCUAACAGGAUUGUAUGUUUGGUGGUCAGCAACGUCCUUUCUGGAACCGACAUUAAGGCAAGAGCAGUACGGAUUGUGAAGUUUGUCGGGGUGGCGUACAAGUGUCAUCAGCUCCACAACCUUCAGUCCACGGUGAGUGUGUUGAGAGGGCUACAGAGUCCCCCAGUCUACAGGCUGCACCGCAGUUGGGCAUACGCGCGCAGACAUCACGCUUCCAAAUAUAGACGCUUCGAGGACUUGAGCAAGCGCUAUCUGGACCCUCGACUGCCUCUCUACCAGAAGACCUACGAUAACCUUACCGCUACGCCGCCCUUCCUGCCCUGUGUGACUAUGCUGGUCGCUGUGUUACUUGGGCGACUAUCGGAGCUGCCGCAAGUCAAGUCAACCAUGUUUCAGUCAGACUGCUCGACUUCUUGCCUCCCGACUCCCAGCGUUACUCAAAGUUCCAUGCCUAAGCCACUGCGAAAAUUUUUGUCCGCCUUCAGUAUCUACCCUCCACCAGUUAAGGAUAUUCCUCAACUAUUUUCGUGUCAGUCAGAGACUCACCUUCACGCCUUGUCCAGAGAAAUACUACUGGAGAAUCUGGAUAAGUUCUUUGCCCCGGUAACCGUGUCCUGCCCUUCCCGCAGACAACUGGAGGACUUGCAGUACUUCCUAGAGACUAGCCAAGGGGCGGCCUCACGCUACGCCAUUCCCGCCAACCCGCGAGUUCGCAGCUUUCUCCUGAACGAGCCACAUGACACCAUCUACAACUUGUUCAGUUUGUCCAAACAGAUAGAGCCGUCCGAAUAAAAUAUGCACAGUA